CGCGCUGGGGGCCGGUGGGGCCAUGGCUGGCGGGCGGUUCGUGGCGCUGCUGGGCGCGCUGCUGUGGGCCGGCGGCGUCGCGCGGGGCCUCUACUUCCACAUCGGGGAGACAGAGAAGCGCUGCUUCAUCGAGGAGAUCCCGGACGAGACCAUGGUCAUAGGCAACUACCGGACGCAGCUCUGGGACAAGCAGGCCGAGGAGGAGGGGGGAAGAGAGGGAGGGGGAAAGCACUCCUCCCGCAUGAAACUCUUACACACACACACACACACCGCUCCUCCCAAAAGUGCUGUGUAUUUGCUUCAGCGGGUGCACCUGGACAUCCAGGUAGGGGAGCACGCCAAUAACUAUCCGGAGAUCGCCGCCAAGGAUAAGCUGACGGAGCUGCAGCUGCGAGCGAGGCAGCUGCUGGACCAGGUGGAGCAGAUCCAGAAGGAGCAGAACUACCAACGGUUCCGAGAGGAGAGGUUCCGCAUGACCAGUGAAAGCACCAACCAGCGGGUCCUCUGGUGGUCCAUCGCGCAGACGGUCAUCCUCCUCCUUACGGGCAUUUGGCAAAUGAGGCACCUCAAGAGUUUCUUUGAAGCCAAAAAACUGGUUUAAUGUCUUCAGCAUCACAUAGGUCACUAUUCACCAAUGCCCCAUUGUUGCUUUCCAUUGAGGAAAUCUUGAUUUUUUUAAAAAAAGUACUAAACUGAGAAAGACAAUGCCUCUGCCCCAAUUAAAUACAUCCACGAAAACA